UGGCUCGUCGGGGUUCCCCCUCCACGACUUUUUCCCUCCAUAAAAUAAAAAGCGACCCAGUGGAUAACAUCAUGAUUAACUGGACUGCCGACAUUUAGAAAGGUCAAUGGCGGCCGUGGAAAACAGGGACAUGUUUUAACCGAGUGCAGAAAAGCUCCAUUCCUGUGCAAAGACAGAAGGGACGACAGGGGGCGCCAGAGAGAGGCAGUGUGAGAGCUGCAGCAUCAUCCAGGAGGAAAACAGACUGUGGACAAUGGGAUGAUGCAGCUGAGGCUAGAAGCAAGUGAGUCGCCCUAAUGGAGAAAUAAAACCUUUAGAUUGCACAACAGGCACACCUUGUUGGCUGCUGCCCGCCUGGAAUGUUGUGAGGGCUGAGAGCGAGGGAAGGAGAGACGAGCAGAAAAACAGGGACAGGAAGAAAGCUGACUGCUAACACAUUGUUCACUACCUGGCUUGUCUGACAGUGACUCACCCCCCUCUAUACUUCUUGCUGAGCCAUCAUUACCAUGGAAACCCCAAGCCAGAAACGCACCAGCCGAGGUGCCGCCGGCGUCUCCCCAGCCCGUAUCACCAGGCUGCAGGAGAAAGAGGACCUGUCCAACCUCAAUGACCGUCUGGCUGUUUACAUCGAUAAGGUGCGCUCCUUGGAGGCUGAGAAUGCCGGCCUGAGACUCCGCAUCACAGAGUCUGAGUCCCUGGUUACCCGUGACUUGUCUGGCAUCAAGGCGACCUAUGAGGCAGAGCUAGCCGACGCACGCAAGACCCUGGACCAAGUGGCCAAGGAGCGAGCACGGCUACAGCUGGAGCUGAGCAAGCUCAGGGAGGAGCACAUGGAGCUCAAAGCCAGGAACAGUAAAAAGGAGGCUGACCUGGAGGCCGCUCUUGCCCGGCUGAGAGACCUGGAGGCCCUGCUCAACUCUAAAGAUGCCUCACUCACCACCACCCUGGGGGAGAAGAGAUCGCUGGAGGCUGAGGUGAAAGACCUCAAGGCCCAGCUGGCUAAGUUGGACGGAAGCUUAGUCGAUGCCAAGAGGCAGCUUCAGGAUGAGAUGCUGAGACGAGUGGACGCCGAGAACCGCCUGCAGACUCUAAAGGAGGAACUUGAGUUCCAGAAGAACAUCCACGCUGAGGAACAGCGAGAGCUCCAGAUUCGGCACAAGUCACGCACUGAUGAGAUUGACAGCAGGAAACAGCUGGAGUUUGACAGCAAGCUGGCUGACGCUCUUGCUGAACUGAGAGCCCAACAUGAGGAGCAGGUCCACCUCUACAAGGAGGAGAUAGAGAAGACCUACAACUCUAAAUUGGAGAACGCCCGUCAUUCAGCUGACAGGAACAGUCACCUGAUGGGAGCAGCUCACGAAGAGCUGCAGCAAACUCGAGUCCGUAUGGAGGGCAUGUCAAGCCAGCUCACCGCACUGCAGAAACAGCUGUCAGUGAGUGAGGCCAAGGUGCGGGAUCUGGAGGAGGCUCUUUCAAGGGAGCGGGACCUUUCACGCCGUCGCCUGGAAGAUAAAGAGCGGGAGAUGGCUGAGAUUCGAGCUAGGAUGCUGCAGCAGCUGGACGAGUACCAGGAGCUGCUGGACAUCAAACUGGCCCUGGACAUGGAAAUCAAUGCCUACAGGAAGUUGCUGGAGGGAGAGGAAGAGAGGCUGCGUCUGUCACCCAGCCCUCCACCCACCAAGGUCACAGUAACAAGAACCUCGGGCUCUGGCCACAGCCUCACUAGCCGCCUGCUCCACUCCACCGCCGCGGCCUCCAGCAGCCGCAACUCCUCUGGCACCAGCAGCACCAAAAAGCGCCGCCUCAAUGACAACGACAGCGAGACUUCCAGCAUGGUGGGGGGCACGGUGACCAAGACUCGCAUCAAUCAGCACGCCUCAGCCUGCGGCCGCGUCACAGUGGACGAGGUUGACCUGGAGGGCAAGUUCAUUCGACUCAGCAACAAGGCUGACGAGGACCAGUCUCUGGGCAACUGGCAGGUGAAGAGACAAGUUGGAAGUAUGACCCCCAUCGUCUUUAAGUUUCCCCACAAGUUCACUCUGAAGGCCGGAGAGACUGUCACUAUCUGGGCUGCUAAUGGUGGAGGAACCCACAACCCUCCCUCUGACCUUGUUUGGAAGACUCAGAACUCCUGGGGAACCGGUGAUCUCCUGCAGACCAUCCUGAUCAGCGCAAACGGAGAGGAAAUGGCUGCAAGGAAAGUUACUCGCACCCUGUUCACUGAAGAAGAAGAUGAUGACAUGGGAGCUCACAGCACGAGCGGCGCGGAGAAUGAGUACAACCUACGAAGCCGCACAGUGAUCUGCGACUCCUGCGGGCAGCCGUCGAACCGUGAGGGGGGGUGUGGUGGUCUAUCUGAAGGUCUCGGGGGGCAUUCCUUCUUCAUGAGCACCAACGAGCGCAGAAGGGGAGGUGUGCGACCGGAGAACUGCUCCGUCAUGUAAAAACCAAGAACGCCUCAGCUGAGCCGACCUCCACCUGUAGCUCAAGAUGGAGAAAAGUUUUCUGGAGUUAGGAUGUUUCCUCUAUAUUUUUUAUAUGACCUUGUCUUUUUUGUACUCUGAUUAAUCUGCAGGUUAAAUUGGCUUUGAGGUUUUUGGAAAGAGCCCAGGAUUUUCAUAGUCAGCUUUUUGACUUUUUCCUUUUUUGUACUCAAGAUAUGUUAUUGCAUGUGUGCAGUGCUUAUGCUUGUUGCUGUAUCCUGCCCUUCUUCACACUCACACACACACACUCACAAAGCUCCACUGACCAGUGCUUGUGCUUCGAUCCGAGGGUUUCACAUGUAAUGGCCAAGCUGUCAACGCUCAACACGCACAGCUCGUGAACCCUGUCAGGUCUCUGCAGCCACACGAAUGACAGAAGAAUGAACCCUGUGGGUUUGUUAUCAGGUUUACUGCCCAUCAAGUAGAUCAAAUCUUUAUUCAAAAUGAUUCGAUGUUUACAGUUGAAAAGUGUUCGCCUUGUUUGGGAAUUGUGUUGUGCUGUUUUUGAACGCUAUAGAGAAAAAAAAGAUAAGAUACGGGUUUAUUUUUUGUAAAGAAGAAAAUAGUUGGGAAUAUGUCCAAUCUAAGCCAAAGUACUGUACGCUCAGGGUGCUCUGCAGGUUCUUUCUCACCCUGGUAGUAAAUGUUGUAGAAUAUUGUUCUUGAUGAUUUAGGUUGGUUGACGGCUUUGGUGCAUAAAGAGAAUAUUGCUGAGAUUAAUAUUUUUGCUGCAGAGAUGUGUCUGAGCAUGUGCUGAAAUAAGGAAUUAUUGAACGAAUAAGCUGAAAGAUAGACAAGUUUGAGAAUAUUAAAGUUCUAUUUCUUGUUGUUUUCAUUAAAAAAUUCCAAAAAUGUUUUUUUUCUGAUGAUAGGGAAAUGUGGAAUUUGUUUUUCUGUUUGGUGCCUUGGAAAAUAUCAGGAAUCAGUACUGAAUUUUAUCUGUACUGACUAAUUUAGUGCCAUAAGCAGAGUAUAUUUAUAGGAUUUCUUGGCUAUUUAGCCAAAUUAACACUAUUCUAACAGAGUUUCUGCAGUAGUUUUUGAUGUUAUAGUAUUUUUUUUACAGACUAAAUAACAAAAGUGCCUUUCAGGGGACAAAAAGAUUUCUUAUGCACGUCUCUAGAGCGGUCUUAUGACUGUCAGCUGUCCUCUGGUUGGUGUUGCUUCUGAGAACUGGUCAUAAGGGCUUUUAUUUCUCCUCUCCUCUAAGCUUACUGGCUCUAAAUUCCCCAGGCAUGGUUUUGGGAUCUGAGUAUAAUUGUGGGGUUUGUAUUCUUUGUGACUUCAGCUUCAUGCGCUGCUUUUUAUUAAGAGCUUUGCCAAUUAUGCACAGCAGGUAGAUUUGUACUGUAGUUUGGCAGCUUGAAUCAUUUAUACUCCAGUGAAAGCAUAUCAAAGCAUUUAUUGAGAAUACUUGAUAGCUGUGUUUGGUCUAUUUUUUCUCUAUUUUGAUGUAUUUAAUCAAAAAUGUCCUUGUUGCAUUGGAUCUUUUUUGUGCCUUAAAUAAAUGUUGAAUUCUGACACUAAUUCUGACACUAUGAUCCCCAGAGUGCCUGAAGAAGCCGUGACAAUCAUUAAAGACCUUUUAUUACAUGUUUAGUUAGUCCCCUCUUUAUAAUACAUGUUAUAAACAAAACAUUUAUCUCAUUUGGUUACGUUAAGAGACAUAUUUACUUUGUGUAAUUCUUAAAUAUAUAAAAUGAAUCAUCCUGUUCAGAACAGAUCCUCUAAAGGGAGAGUUCAGGGUUUUCGGAGGCCGGUCUUACUGAUGUUAAACAGGGAGAUGCUUCUUGCCUUAGUAUUACUUGUAACAGAAAGUCUCUCAGUGACAUCAGUAAAAAUUAAGUUAAUGAAAAAUAAAAUAUUCAAACUGCAGAUGUUCAUUUGUUACAAAAGCUCUUUAAAGGCCUGGGAAGCCCUGAACCCUCUCUGAUGAAGUCUACCUGGUGUCCUUGGGGAAUCAUUUCAAGAACUUGAGGAUUGAAAAUGUCACCAAAAGGGAUUAUUUUUAUUGUAAACAUUUAAUGCCAAAGUUAUAAUAUUCUCAAGGUGGGAUUCUUUUGUUUCUGAAAUGACAAUAUUGUCAAAAUUAUAGAAAAGCCAUGCAUUCAAGUUGAUGUAAUAAAUGAUUUCCACUUUUCUUUUCUAAAAUGAUGUUGAAUAAAGUCUUUUUUUUCCAGA